UCUAUAUAGCCGGGGCUGAUGCAACCCGUCCCGCCGCCCGCCACAGCCUGCGGGAGGGACGCUCGGCGCCCGCUGCAGCGGCGGCGGGGCUGGCGCCGCGGCGGCUCCCGGGCCGAGACGGGCCUGGGCACCGGGCGGAGCUCGGCGGCCGGGCGGCAGCGGCGCUGAGCGGGCACAGUGCCUGCAGCCGGGCCCCGGCCCCGGGGGCGCCGCCUCCGCCUGCGGCUUCUGCACGGUGGGUGCGAGGGCGCGCUCUGGGGGCGCCGGGGCCGGGCGGGGUGGGGCGCGGCGCGCCGGCCGCGGGCACCUGGGACUGCCGCCCCCGCGCGGGCGGAGCGCGCCGAGCCGUGGAUCCAGCUGCCCGCGGGAAGCCUGGAGCAGCCACGGGACCCCGACCUCUCCCCUGCGGGGCGCUGCAGCCCGGGCCCUUCCCGCGAGGCCGCUUCCCUUUGGUUCCCGCCCCGGGACGGGAGGCUUCGUCGGCUCUUUGGAGAGCUGGGGCGCUCCUCCUCCCUCCAGCGCUCUCCUCCCCGGUCCGUUUGCAGUUUGCAGGGAGGUGCUCUCCUCGGGCGGCGGGAAGGCGGGGCUGGACUGCCGCUCCCCCUGCUAUGAUGCCUGGGCAGAUCCGGGACCCUUCCGUGACUGCGGGCUCUCUGCCAGGGCUCGGCCCCCUGACCGGUCUCCCCAGCUCGGCUCUGACCACCGAGGAGCUGAAAUACGCCGACAUCCGCAACAUUGGGGCCAUGAUCGCCCCCUUGCACUUCCUGGAGGUGAAACUGGGCAAGAGGCCCCAGCCCGUGAAAAGUGAGCUAGACGAGGAAGAGGAGCGAAGGAAAAGGCGCCGGGAGAAGAACAAAGUCGCAGCUGCGCGAUGCCGGAACAAGAAGAAGGAGCGGACGGAGUUUCUGCAGCGGGAAUCUGAGCGGCUGGAACUCAUGAACGCAGAACUGAAGACUCAGAUCGAGGAGCUGAAGCAGGAGCGACAGCAGCUCAUCCUGAUGCUGAACCGGCACCGUCCCACCUGCAUCGUCCGGACUGACAGCGUCAAGACACCCGAGUCAGAAGGCAACCCGCUGCUGGAGCAGCUCGAGAAGAAGUGACCAUGGGCUGGGAGGAGGAGGAGGAGGAGGAAGGGGAGGAGGUAUGAAGAGGGAGGAGGAGAGGUCUGGAGGGCCCUUCCUUGAUCCGUGAAAAACUUUGCAACGAGGCUCAGCACAGCCAGCACCGGCCAGGCUUUUUUUGUGAAACUCAGAUCCGCGCCCCCCCCUACCCAGGGAAGAGCAGGCUGAGGACACCCAGAGGGACCAAGCGCUGAGACCAAAGCAGACCUGUGGGUGGGGCUGGCCUGCCUGGGGCCCAGCUCGAGGAGGCAGGACGGGGCGCCAGGGCCGACGGACGCGCCCGACCAGGCAGCCCUGGGCACUCCUCCUGCCUCCCUGCCGGGCACCCACCCAAAGGACCCCCCACCCCCAGCACCCAGGAAGAGCCAGGUGUCGGAACCAAAAAGAGGGCUGGGGAUGGAACUCAGAGUGAACUGCAGUCCGCUGCCCCAGCCCUGAACCCCGGACCUGGAGAGGGCUGUGAUGCGGGGGCCCACCUCGGUCCAGCCCUGCCCUGCCCUGCCGGGGAGGCCGCAGCCCUGGGGGCGCACCCCUCGCCGACCCUGCUGGCGUUUGCUGUGGGCACUGAGGCGCGGGCGCCCUUCCAAAGCACAUACUCACUCGAAUGUUUUACAGACCGGCUGUUCCUGGCAGUGCUUUCAAAUGCACAUGUGUUUUUUUUUUUAUACUUUCUUUUUUUUUUUUUUAAUAUUUUUUACAAACAAAGAAGAUUUUAUACGCGCAAUAUCUAUAUGAAUUUCUAUAUCACUUGAUGUGAUACAGUAUAAUAUGCUAUGGUUGGUUUGUUACGAACAGAUAUCCACCAGUUAUGGCCGUUGUGUGUAACCUCCUAAGUACUGUAGUAUCUGGGUGUCGGGGUGGCCGGGGUGGGGUGGGGGUGCAUUUCCAUCCUUGUAAACCCUUCCAUAGUACUCAGUCCUGUAUCGCUCAG